CCAUCAACGAGCAUUUACAGAAGAACGAACACUCGCUCUCGACAAAUAAGCAGAAGCUAUGUACUUCUCGCUUGGAUAUUUGCGAAUGAAAGGGACCACGCAUAAGGCUUGGCACUUGGUGAAAGGAGGAGGCGGGGUUGUAAGAUACGAUCACGACCGCCGCAACGACGCGAACACGAGCCAGGAGACAGCUGCCGAGGCCUAAACAUUCAAAUAUCGACUCUAAGCUUAUCAUCGAACCAAGCGUAAUCUGCAUUAAAUAAGCGGCCACUUUGACCUAAAAGUCUAGAAUGGUGAAUUGUUCAUGUUCCCAGUAGCCGUCGAACGCGCACAGGUGGUCCAAUGCAUUUCUCGUCUUCUUCCCCGUUCUUCAGCUUUCGCACGCUGAAGCCAACUUUCUCAUCCCAGCUGACUGAGGCCUAGAUGCUCAUUUGCAUAUCAUAUAUCAAGUCUCUUCUCUUAGAUCUUAAUCACAUCUCAUCUAAGCAUACCGAGUUUUAGUCCUUAUCGCCUGGUAUUACAUACACUACCUAUAUGUGGCACUCAAUUUCAUGGCCUAUAUUAACUUGUCUGGAGAUGUGAAGAAAAGAUGACGAUAGGUAUUCCUUAGCGAUGCUACCAAAGCUUACACAAUACACCAAUAGGAAAUUGCGGCGUGUUCGCCUCUUGUAUGACUUCGACGUCUAGACUCGAAUCGCAACAUCUAGACUGGCAGAUAAUACCAUUUAAGAGUACAAAUAGGCAAAACCACUUCAUAUUGAGACGUCGUCCUGUGCCCAAGAAAGCAUCCUUCCGAGCUAUGAACAUUUACACCGAGGUUCCAUGGUAACGUCACACUUCGCUGUUGGCUUGUUCAUUUAAGCGAAUUCUUUUUUUAGGUGUCCUUUUGUGGCCGAACCCGAUUUUGGGGUCUAUGAUGAUAUGUAUAUCUUCAGCCUAUUUAAGAGCUACUUAGGAUACACCCCCACGAAGCUCCUCGGUACCGGAUCACGCCACUCAUCAGCUUGGAGAGGAGCACGCGAACUCAUUCCCCUCUCAUAAGCGAUGCAUUAUCCAUGGUUCCAAGCACCCGGGAGCGUUUCACUAUCCUAUAUUAACUUGCGCUGUUGCCCUAUUACGAACUGCGCCACGCCGGGUAAUAAUGCACAUGGCAGACCUCGGUUCGCCAUGCCGGAGAUCAACGAGCUUGAUAUCGACAUUUUCAAGGAUAUAGUCAACCAUACGAUCUAGCUUGACAUACUUAACAUUCAGUUCCCGCUCCCAAAACGUGCGCCAGGUUAAUGGCUUUUACAGCUCGUAUAUCAAAAUUUCGAUACUAUUCGGUCAGCAUGAGAUUCCUUUACUUCGUCAGUGUCGGUCUGCUAUCAAGCAUCGCUGAAGGGCUCAACAUCUUUGAGAGGCAGACCGAUGUCUGCAGAUGGGCCCUUGAUCCAGAUGAUUGUAUAUGCAUGAAUAGUGUGAAUGGUUCGAAUAUGAAGGAUCCCACAUCUAUUUGUUGUGCCAAUAUGGGACUCAAGACAACCAAUCUAAAAUGCCACGUCAGCCACGAUUUUCGCCAGACAUUCAAGGACUGUUGCAAGUGGCUAGCACUCGAAUCUGUUAUUGGUCAUUGUCGGUAGUGGUGCCUGGAGCUCACGGAGUGAUCAAGUGUUCUCUAUCUUUGUUCUGGCGAAGGCAGGUCGUGAUCUGAGCAUCAAUUUGAAGAGCGAGAAUUGCAACCUUGACAUAUACACCUCUAAGCUCUCAGCCCUAACUUCAAUCAACUUGCUACCGUCAACCUGCGAUGUCAUCCGUUCUUAGCAAAUGCUACCUGUUUCCCUUCCUUAGGUAUCCGGAGAAAGAAUGGUCCCUAGAUACAAAGCAGCCUCCACAACGCAGCUUUGGACAGCUCUCCAUUUAAGUUCUAAUUGAGAUGCCACAUGAUAAAUAUCCAAGAUGCUCUCCCAGUUCCUGUGUCUCAAGAGCUUCAAUCCGUCAGGUGGAAGGCGCGAUUAUUUCGGAGUACUUAGCUGCUAAAUCAUUAACUAGG